CGAGAAAUCAGGAGCGCUUUUAAGAAAAAACAGUUGCUGUCUCGGGUCUUCGUUUCACAAUGGUCUUUGACCCGAGCGCGUUGCAUUGUGGGUGAGACCUAAACGAGCGCUGUGCGCCAUGUGUAUUUGAAGGAGCUGGUUUUGCCGAUAGAAAGAAGACGGGCGCGAACCAAGGAGUGAUUUGGGCCUCAGAACCCGACUAGCAAACCCGAGACAAACCCGGACCGCGGCGACAUAAUGUGGGGCAGCGGCUGGUGCGUCCGGACCGCGCUGCGAAUCGCCGCGAAAACACACCGACACGACCUUCGCUCCCAAGCUCUUUGCGCUCUGAGGACCUUCAGGAUGAGCCCAGCCAGCGGGUCGGACCCCAUCCCUUCUCCGCCUUUGGAUGGAGCUCCGAAGCAGUACUCCCCAAAAAUCCAGCAGCUCGUGAAGGAAAUCGCCAGCCUCACCCUGAGGGAGGUAUCGGAUCUCAACGAGCUGCUCAAGAAAACGCUCAAUAUCCAAGAGGUGGGGAUGAUGCCCGUGGGGACUGUGGCCCCGUCAGCCACUCCAGCAGCACAGCCAGCAGAGGAAGAGGCUGUUCCAGUAAAGGAGAAGACCCAUUUUACAGUGAAACUGACAGAGGUGAAGGCCACAGAGAAGGUGAAGCUGAUCAAAGAGGUGAAGAAUUGCAUCCAGGGUAUAAACCUUGUCCAGGCAAAGAAGUUGGUGGAAACAUUACCUCAAGAAAUCCGGGCGAACGUGUCCAAGGAGGAGGCGGAGAAAUUGAAGGCGGCGCUGGAGGCAGCAGGGGGGACCGUAGAGCUGGAGUAGAGAACUUCCUUAACCUCUUUUGCUGGAGUGCUUCUGUGCUGCUCUUGUCUUUUGUUUUUUUAUGGUGUUCUAGCACCCUAAGAAACACAAAGGAGAACCUGAACAAUUUGCCUUCGCUUUGCACUCUGCCACUGUCUGACAAGAUGUGGUCGUGGACUGAAUCUGCGGAGCCACCGAUCUGGGAACACUGACUGCCUGGUUCUCUCACACCUGUAUGUGAGAGCAACAGAUUUUGUCCGGUGGACACACUGGACAGAGGAAGUCGCCAGAGGUUACUUUACUCAAAGAUAUUCGGUUUCCAAUAAACACGAUUUGGCACAUAUGGAUAUGUUCUUUGUGCAUGAGGAAAAGGCAGAUUCAUAUUAGUUUUAAGAAUUUUAAAAUUAAAAAAAAUUUUUUCACGAUGACCAAAAGGACAGCAGGACAGUAUAACUGUUGAGAUGAUGAGCAUGGCUCUUGGUGCAAUUAAUAUACAGUAUUUUAUCUUAAGUGGUCAGUUCUAGAGCUUGAGACCUGACAGUAAUUUUCUUGUAAACAAUACCUACAUUGUCCACUAGAGGGU